AUGCCGGAUGAUUUGGCGGAGCCGGAUCGAACAUCUGGCGAGCGAUCCGUUUCUAGAAUACCCGACGGUGUCUAUAUUGUGAGAUUUACUUUUGUUCCGAUCAAGAUCCUGAGCCAUACUCGAUUUCUCCCUUUACUUCUACUGCACCUUGCAUCUUGCCAUUCAGGGCGUUUAGCGAGGAUAGAGGCACAUUUCAUCCCGAAUCACGGCCUAAUCGAAAGGAAAAAAGCGAAACACUCAUUAGCAAUCAUUCCUUCGAAUAACGAAGCAGCAAAGGCAAUGGAUCAGGGGGCAAAGGAUCAGCGGGAUCAUGAUGUGUUGCAGAACGGAGAGUCAAGACCCAGUCAUCAUGGAACCGACCAUAGAAAUCAAAGCUCCGGAUACCAAACUGUCAGCGCAACCUCUCGAGUCCCCGAUGGACUUGGCCACGACGAAUUACAAUACUAUCGAAGUUUCCUCAACCAACUCCUAGACUUGGUCUGCAACGGAGAUCAGGAUACGGUCAAUCAAAUGGUCAACGUCAUACGCUCUGGUGCCUCGCAUGAAGAUAUUCUCGCGGCCAUGUCCCGCGUGUCUGAGGGAAAUGGUCGAUCUGGUCAAGGAGAGAACAGGGGAUCAGAAGGUGAAAAUCGAACGGAAUAA